CCCCCAAACUGUCACUUUCAGUAUUUGACAUGCGUCUUUUAUACACCGCCUUUUUACAAUGUUGUAUUUUAUAUCACUCAUCAAUAUUAAUAACACCCAAAUGUUUGGCAAAAGCCGAAAGUGAUGACCGAACAGGGCACGAAGCCAUCCCUAAUAAAGUGAGACGGGAUUGUCACACAAAUCCCCCAUCUUUCGAAAUAAGGGCCUUAUUGAUACCUUGUUCCGUCAGUUACUGUCCUUGCUCCAUCCCAGGUCAGCCUGCUACACCAAGGCCGCCAGAUUUUGAAUGCCAGGCCGACGAAGGCAAUGGAAGAUUAUCGAACUGCACUAAAAAAUUGAUAAUAACGGUAAGGAUGACGAACGUUGGCAGAACCCACUGUAAGAACCAGUACGUUGUAGUGGACCACGUUUACGAUCCUACCUCCGAGCACAAACAGCGUCUCCUGUACCCUUACGUGCUCAAAAUCAACCAGAGACCCAUAAUGCAAACUUACAGUUUGGAGAAAGAAAGCAGUGUCAACGAAAAAUCGACGGAGUUGGUUAUUAAUAAAAACAAUAAGAACUACAAGGGUUGUAAGACGACAGGGGAAGAUACGACCUGUGAGAGGGUCAUGUACAAAGAUAAACCUAUACCGUACAGCACGGGUUUCUGCUGUUCCUGUGAUGACGAUAAGGAGAUGCAGAGAGAGGUGUCAAGGUUGGAAGAAGAACAGAAAAUGCUGGACAGAGCUUACAAACGACAGAAUGACGAAGAUGAUAUGGAAGAAAUAGGGGAUGAACAUAAAGUUAGAAGACGCGAAGCAUCGAUUGAGACAACCGGUAUAAGUGACAUGUUAUCCUUAUCAACCGAGAGUCAUCAGGGGUCUCUGACGAAUUCCAGAGACAGUUCUAGAAGAGAUGAAAUGCUGGACUUGGAAAAAACCCUGAAUUCUUUCGAUGUUAAUGAUUUGCCUUCAGCUGAGGAUAGUCCAAUACAUAUAAGAAGAAAAGAAGAGAGCAUCGAUAGUUCCGAGGAUUGUGCCCAAUUGAGCAGCGACUCCGAGGAAUGUGAAAAAAAUAAGAAGAAACCACAGAAGAAAAAUCCGAAGGAAGAAACAUUCGCGCAAAAACUGGCUAAAGAAUGCGAGAAGAUAGCGAAAAACGUAACAGAAAUACUGAAAAAUGGCGGAUGCGACAACAAACUGACGAAAAUCGAUUCUGACGCCGAAAAUCCGAAGCCGUUCAUACACCCCCGUGGUGGACAGGACUGUAGCAAUAAGACAUGCCCGACAGACGUAAACCCAGAAACCUUCCACCAGAGCACCCAUUGUCUGGUCUUUUCUAAACUGUGGUACACGGUAUUCAAGAUGUCAAAACCCACGGUUUAUCACGAAUUGUCCCUGGAAAUAUUCGAGAAACACGAGGAUCUACUGGGACAUGUCAUCUGGCACGACAUAACCAAAGGUAAACCUUUAACCAUUGGAACCACCAAAACGGAAGAUACGGACGAUGAUGAGGAGGUGUGGGCAGGGUAUGUUGGAGAAGAUCCACCUCCACAUUCCUUUGGACUUGACCCAGAUAUCCAUAGACUGCUAGUUCCAGAACCAAUUGAACCAUGCGCCUUACUGAAAUACCCAGAGCUGAAGGGAGGACCCUACGAAUGGCUUGUUGUACCAAACUACAUGAUAACUUACGAUGGAGACAGAUGUGACAAGGUUGGUGUUGGAUUCGAAGCGUUCGUCAAACAACCCAACAGGUGUAGUAUGCCUAGAGGAACUUGUUUGAAGAACCAACCAAAAGACCUUUGGUGUCACGAUCAUCGUUUGGAAGAAGUGGGACAGUCAGGGUCUUAUUUCUUGAAGUAUUUUGGAUUUUUACCCAGGUGCCCCAUACGAAACACUACAGAGCAAGGAGGGCAAAAUUUGAGUAUGUACUUUCGCAGUGCUUACAUCAGCACCAUCAAUAUAGAAUUGAAAACGGAUUACAACUUGGUAUUGAGACCACACGCUGCAGCAGUUAUAACAGAAGUAUACGUUGACAGCACAAACUACAUCAAAUCUACCGUAACAGUAAAAAUCACUAACACUGGUUUAGUCUAUGGCAUCUUCUACGUAGCACUAACUGAUUGUCCCUUAGAUAUGCCUGCAAGUUUCAACAACAUCCAAACCAAAUCCGCUGUUAUACAACCACAACAUCAGCACAUCUUCGUGAUAGAAAUAAUGUGCACAUUGCCAGAAAAAAAGUUUCACUGUUCGAUUGAAGCGAAGAACGUUAAACACGAACUGUUGGCUUUUAGAAGGAUCAGGUUCCAAAAGCAAGACAGGUGUCUUUGCAUAUGGCACUGUGUGUGUACGUGUAUUGAAACUGAUGGAGGGCUAGCUUGUCAACCUCUACCUUUUGACCAUUACAACGCUGCUGGUUUUCACGGAGGUCUUCCUAUGGCUGCUGACUACGUUCAGUUCACUUUACUGGAAGAACUUACUAAUAUCUUGUACCACCUCUUCCUCACCAUGACACUCCUCCUGAUCCUUAUGGGGGUUAUGAAAGGGGUCAUAGGUUUCUUCUACAAGCCAAUAGGGGAAUGGGGUCUAUGCUCCAUGCUUGGUUUACCGAAACCCAUGAAGAACUACCACGAAAAGAGCUUGAAAGGUAGAGAAGUGAUUUAUGAUAAGGGUGGUUGGCCAAUUCAUCCCGAUACCAAGAAGAGGGUGAGGAAUGCUUCAAUGGUUGUGGAGUUCUCAAUAAACGCUAUAUUUUUCCUGAUUUAUCCUUUGGUGAUGAUCAAUGUGAUAGUGAAGAGGAUGUGCUUCGUUGAUGCAACUGACGAGUCGGAUAAACAACCGUGUUGUUUGUGUGGACAAAGACACCAAACUGGGGAGUGUCCUUCCUUAGGUAUACUUAAAGGUUUGGCGUUUUUUAAAAAAGUGAAUAAAAGGUCGGAGGAUGGUUCAAGGCGUCCUAGAAGGGAUGCUUCUAUUCAAUAUUCAUCUCGAGAAAGUGUGGAAUGCUCUUGUUUUUGACGACUCCAUUUAAGUUGUAUAUUUUUUAACAUUAUAAUGUAUCUACUCUGUAAGUCAUAAAAAAACAUCGAUAUA